UAUCUGAGUUGAAGCAAGUAACAUGCACUCUGUGUUUUGUGCACUGAUGUAUCUGAAUUUUAUAAUGCCAUCUUUUGCCUACGAAGAAGUAGUGUUUAAUCUCAGAAUUGGUGGCAUAAAUUAUACUCCUAGAUCUCUUAUAGACUAUAAUAAGGAAGAAUAAUUCAUAUUAGCUUUUCAUUGUUCUAUUUACUACCAGAUGUUUUGCUGAUACAAUUAGCUGUACAUGGCUUCUAUCCACUUUAAGAUACUUUCAAGUCUCCCUUCUUCAUUUGGCUUUCACCUGUCCUCUUUGCUGAACUUUAGAGGAAAGUGUUUAUGAAUAGCAACAUAUAAAAUUUAAAUUUCUGCACCCAUUGCUUCACUGUCUGCUCUGUAAUAUGCUAGGGAGCUGGAAGAAAGAGAGAAGGAAAGGAUAUGGAUAAGCCAGAUUGAGUGGAUAAUCAAAAGUUGACUACAGGAUAGUCUGAAGAUGAUUCCCUGACUUGAAAUUUCCCAGGAUCUCUCUUCCCAUUUGUGAAUACUAUAUUCAAAGAUAAAAUGCUUUGAAAGUCCAGGUUGAAAAUAACUCUUGCUGUAGAGUCAAAUUAUUUAGGGAUCUGCCUAAAACAGUGUGACUAAAGCCUUCCAAAGAGCAGAAACAGAGUUUUGACUCUGGAUCCUAUUUUAUUGUUCCAGGCUUACUUGAACUUGAAGGAAAGAAAAAAAUGUCUCCACUUCUGAUAAGCAUCUAUAAUAUCACUGAAGUUUUUGAUCAAUAUGCCUCACAUGAUUGUGAUGGGGCAUCAUUAAGCAAGAAAGACCUGAAGAACCUCCUUGAAAGGGAAUUUGGAGCAGUCCUUCAGAGACCACACGACCCUGAGACAGUAGAUCUGGUCCUGGAACUUCUGGAUCGCGACAGUAAUGGGCGUGUCGAUUUCAAUGAAUUCCUCCUGUUCACUUUCAAGGUGGCUCAAGCUUGUUAUUACGCUCUUAGCCAGGCCUCGGGGCUAGAUGAGCAGGAGCAGAGAGCCCAAUGUGAGGGAAAGGGGAAUCUGUCCCGAGAUCGUAGGCAAGAAGAAGAUCAAAGGAGAUUUGAGCCCCGAGACAGACAAUUGGAAGAAGAACCUAGGCAACCACACAGGCAAAAGAGGCAGGAACAGGAGCGGGAACUCGCUGAGGAAGAGGAGCAGAGGGAGAAGCACGAGAGACUUGAGCAGCGCAACAGGAAGGCCCGCGACGAGGAACAGCGGCUGCAAAGGCGAGAACGGCAAGAACUGGAAAAGCGCCUAGCAGAGGAAGAGCAGCUGCAGAGGCGCCAGGGUCGCAAGGCUGAGGAGUUUCCAGAGGAAGAGGAACAGCAAAGGUGGGAGCGACGGGAGGUGAAGAGGGAGCGCCAGGAGGAAGAACAGCAACUGCAAAGGCAGUGGCGCGAGCAGGAGAGGCUGGAGCAGGAGGAGAGGCUGGAGCAGGAGGAGAGGCGCGAGCAGCGGCUGAAGCGCGAGCAGGAGGAGGAGAGGCGCGAGCAGGUGGAGAGGCGCGAGCAAGAGACGCUGGAGCAGGAGAGGCGCGAGCAGCAGCUGCAGCGCGAGCAGGAGAGGCUCCAGCAGGAGGAGAGGCGCGAGCAGGAGAGGCGCGAGCAGCGGCUGAAGCGCGAGCAAGAGAGCCUGGAGCAGGAGGAGAGGCGCGAGCAGCGGCUGAAGCGCGAGCAGGAGAGGCUCCAGCAGGAGGAGAGGCUGAGAGCGCAGCAAGCGCUUGGCAGGAGAGACGAGAGCAGCAGCUCAGCGGAGCAAGGAGGACUCCAGCAGGAGGGCGCGAGACAGCUGAAGCGCGAGCGGAGGGAGAGGCGCAGCCGGAGGAGACGGCAGCGAGCAGCGGCUGAGCGCGGAGCAAGAGGAGGCUGGGAGCAGGAGGAGAGGGAAGAGCGGCUGGAAGCGGAGCAGGGAGAGAGGCGCGAGCAGGCGGCUGAAGCGCGGCAGGAGGGGAGGCCGAGCAGCGGCCUGGAAGCGGAGCAGGAGAGAGGCGCGAGCAGAGCUGAACGCGGCGAGCAGGAAGAGAAGGCGCGCGGGCUGAAAAGCGCGGCAAGAGACGGCUGGAGCAGGAGGGAGGAGCGGCAGCAGCAAGCGGAGCAGGAGGGAAGGCGCGAGCAGCGCUGAAGGCGGCAGGAGGAGAGGGCGGAGAAGCAGCUGAGCCAGCAGGAGGAGGAGGCGCUGAGCAGCGGCUGGAGCCGAGCGGAGCUGGCAGAGGAGGAGCAGAACAGCCCGAGAGCGGGAGGGCACGCGCGCGACCAAAAAUGGAGGUGGCAACAUAGAUGGAAGAAAGUCAAGACGCCGCCGACGCUGUACGCCAAGCCGGAGGAGCUGCAGCGGGAGGAAGAGCAGCUGCAGACGGAGGAAGGCAGCUGCAGAGAGAGGACGCGAGAAGAGGAGCGCCAGGAGCGCGAAGGCGUACCGGAGGAAAGCAAGCUCAAGCGGGAGAGCAGCUGCACAGAGAGGAACUCGAGAGAGAAUGGGCCAGGAGCAGCGAACAGCAUACCGGAGAGAGAGGAGCUGCAUGCGGGAAGGAAGAGCAGCUUGCAGGAGAGGAACGAGAACGAGAGGCCGGAGCGACAGGCAGCGCCAGGAGCGGGAGACUUCCGGGAGGAAGAGCAGCUGCAGCGGAGGAAGAGCUGCAGAGAGAAGCGAGAGAGAAGGCGCCGAGCGCGCAGGCAUACCGAGAAGAGAAGCUGCAGCGGGGAAGGCAUGCUUGCAGAGGAGGAACGCGAGAAGAGAGCCCAGGAGCGGGAGAGGCAGUACCGGGAGGAAGAGCAGCUGCAGCGGGAGGAAGAGCAGCUGCAGAGAAGGACGCGAGAAGGAAGCGCCAGGACUGGAGAGGCAGUACCGGAGGAAGAGGAGCUGCAGCGGGAGGAAGAGCAGCUGCAGAGAGAGGAACGCGAGAAGAGAAGGCGCCAGGAGCGCGACAGGCAGUACCGGGAGGAAGAGGAGCUGCAGCGGGAGGAAGAGCAGCUGCAGAGAGAGGAACGCGAGAAGAGGAGGCGCCAGGAGCGCGACAGGCAGUACCGGGAGGAAGAGGAGCUGCAGCGGGAGGAAGAGCAGCUGCAGAGAGAGGAACGCGAGAAGAGGAGGCGCCAGGAGCGCGACAGGCAGUACCGGGAGGAAGAGGAGCUGCAGCGGGAGGAAGAGCAGCUGCAGAGGGAAAGGAGACGCCAGGAGCGGGAGCAGGAGGAGCUCCAGCGCCAGGAGAGAAGGCAGCGAUUCCGGGAUGAGGAUCAGCGCGGCGAUCUGAAAUGGCAGUGGCAACCAGAAAAAGAAACCGAAGUUCGUAAUAACAGGGUUUACAGCAAACGUAGAGAGAAUGAAGGAAAGUUCCAGACAUUGGAAGAUUCCCAGGUGCGGGAGAGACAGUUCCUGCAGGAUCGGUGGCCCCUGCUGGAUGACCAGAAGAGAGAUGCAGAGCAAGGGCGGAGGCUCUGGCAGCAGCGCGACAGGCAAUUGCCAGCCGAAGAACAGCUGGAGCGCGAAGAGCAAAAGGAAGCCAAAAGACGAGAGAGGAAGUUCCAGGAGGAAGAGCAACUGCUGAGAGAGGAAAGAGAAGAGAAAAGACGCAGUCAGGCGAGAGACAGAAAAUUCCGCGAAGAGGAACAACAACUCCAGGAAAGAGAAGAGCAGCUGCGCCGCCAAGAGCGCGACAGAAAGUUCCGCGAGGAGGAACAGCAGCUGCGCCGCCAGGAACGCGAGCAACAGCUGCGCCAAGCUGACAGACAAUUCCGCGGGGAGGAACAGCUGCUCCGGGAAAGAGAAGAGCAGCUGCGCCGCCAAGAGCGCGACAGAAAAUACCGCGAGGAGGAACAGCUCCCCCAGGAAAGAGAAGAGCAGUUGCGCCGCCAAGAGCGCGACAGAAAGUUCCGCGAGGAGGAACAGCAGCUGCGCCGCCAGGAACGCGACAGACAAUUCCGCGAGGAACAGCUCCUCCAGGAAAGAGAAGAGCAGCUGCGCCGCCAAGAGCGCGACAGACAAUUCCGCGAGGAGGAACAGCAGCUGCGCCGCCAGGAACGCGAGCAACAGCUGCGCCAAGAGCGUGACAGACAAUUCCGCGAGGAGGAACAGCUCCUCCAGGAAAGAAAAGAGCAGCUGCGCCGCCAAGAGCGCGACAGAAAGUUCCGUGAGGAGGAACGCGAGCAACAGCUGAGCCGCCAGGAACGCGACAGAAAAUUCCGCGAGGAAGAACGGCUCCUCCAAGAAAGAGAAGAGCAACAGCUGCGCCAAGAGCGUGACAGAAAGUUCCCUGAGGAGGAACAGCAGCUGCGCCGCCAGGAACGCGAACAACAGCUUCGCCAGGAGCGUGACAGAAAAUUCCGCGAGGAAGAACGGCUCCUCCAAGAAAGAGAAGAGCAACAGCUUCGCCAAGAGCGUGACAGAAAAUUCCGCGAGGAGGAACAGCAGCUGCGCCGCCAGGAACGCGAGCAACAGUUGCGCCAAGAGCGCGACAGGAAGUUCCGCGAAGAUGAACAGCUCCUCCAGGAAAGAGAAGAGCAGCUGCGCCGCCAAGAGCGCGAUAGAAUAUUCCGAGAGGAGGAACAGCAGCUGCGCCAAGAGCGCGACAGAAAAUUCCGCGAGGAGGAACAGCUCCUCCAGGAAAGAGAAGAGCAGCUGCGCCGCCGAGAGCGCGACAGGAAGUUCCGGGAGGAGGAACAGCAGCUGCGCCGCCAGGAACGCGAGCGACAGCUGCGCCAAGAGCGCGACAGGAAGUUCCGCGAGGAGGAACGGCUCCUGCAGGAAAGAGAAGAGCAGCUGCGCCGCGGAGAGCGCGACAGAAAGUUCCGCCUAGAAGAACGGCAGCUGUGGCUUGAGGAGCAGGAAGAGCAGAGGCGCCAGCAGGAGCGAGACCGGCAGUACCUGGCAGAGGAGCAGUUUGCCUGGGAGAAGAGUCGUCGCCAGGAACAAAAACUGCGGCAGGAAGAAGAGCAGAGACGUCGCCAGGAAUUGGAGAGGAAAUUUCGGGAGGAAGAACAGCUCCGCCGCCAGCAGGAGGAGGAGCAGAGGCGCCGCCAAGUCCGGGAGAGACAAUCCCAAGAAGACAAGGGCCGUGGGCAGGUUCUGGAGCCCGGCACGCGUCAGUUUGCCUAUGUCCCAGUGCGCUCCAGCCCUCUCUAUGAGUACAUCCAAGAGCAGAGAUCUCAAUACCGCCCUUAAGAGAUGCUACCAAUAUCCUGACACCGGCCAAAGUUUCCAACAAAGAAAAAUGAGAAACACUGGGUACCAACUAAUAAAUGUUUCUGGUUGUGGGAAAAUUCUUUGAUGUUAGAAUGUGUCUUUUCUUCCAAAAUCCUAAGCUACACUCAUUUUAUGUUCCUUGUAUUCUUGCCUGUUAUUCUUCCUAAAGUAGUUCUUUACUGCAAGAUGUCUUUACUCUUUGGUGCAGAUGUGUCUGCUGUAGUUGGUGUAGUACUCAGUUCUGUGCCUCCAAGUUUUGAUGGGUUUGAGAAUAUUACUAACCUUUGUUAGUAAUUUUAGCUUAGAAGGAACCUGCUCAAAAUCCUAUAAACACUUUUCUUACUCUAGGGCCAAUAAGACAUCACAGAGAGCAUGUUGGGGGAGGGAAAGGGGAAAAUGUGUGAACAAAGUGGCAAGUUUCUAGAGGCCUUUUGACAAAUCCAUCAGCCCACAAUCCUAUGAGGCCCAUUGAUACUACCUUGGAGACAUUCUUGUUGAAACAAUUGGACUGUGUGAAAAAUUAAUAAUAAAUGUUUGGCAA